UGGCACGGGAUUCAGAGGAAGAGGAUGUAGUUAGCAUCUUGUGAACGCAAGUUAGCCUAGCGUGGGUGUCCGCGUAGGAGGAUCUUUGAGAAACCCCUCCUUCCUCGUGGAAACUUUCCCUUCCUCCCGAUCCUCCUCUCCACGUUUCUCGAUCGGUUUUACCUCAGAGAGAGGAAACCGGCAGAAAGGAGAGGAGGAGAUUCCUGUGAAAAGAGAGAGGGCAUAGAUCGGAGAGUGAUGUCUCGAUGAUAAGCCACGAGGUGUAGUCGACUCGGGGGAGUUCUUUCUGAUUCAUCCGAUGCCGCGUUCACGCCACGGCUUUAAGCCUUGUCAGCGUUCGGAUCUCGAGGUGAGGACAAGUCCUGUUGACGAGAGGUGUGAGAGCCCGUCGACGAUGUCGAGCAACCUCUGAUAUUCGCUCAGGAUCUCGAAUCUCGCUGAUUGCCUCAAAACGCUUAAUGAGCGGUUACGAAAGAUAAGCAUUCUACGAAUCUCGUUCGCCGAUUCCUUUUUUUCCUUCUAUGUUCCGACGUCGACAAACGGUAUCCCCAUCUGCACGUGUCGUCCGAUUGUUUUAUACGUAUCUGUUGCUCGGCCAAGGAAAACACUGCAAACAAAAGUAAAAGAAAUUCUAUAAGUGCUUGUACGUGUUGUGACAGUUUCGUUACUUAUUAUGGGAACACUGGGUGAUUGUGUUUAAAUUGUGCAAUUAAUAUUCAUCAAAACAUUAUGUAAUUAAAGGAAAGAUCAUUUGCAAUUAUAAGUGAACCUAGUGUUAUAGUUGGAUAGUUUUGAUAAAACAAAAAGUAAAUCCACGGAUAAAACUUGGAGGGAACUAUCCUGUUGAUGAAACUUAAGAAUCGGUAAAAAUGCAACAGCAACAUGACCAACGACACGAUAUUACCGCCGAUUGUUGUUAUCAGCAAUGGGCUUCUCAUCAUCAUCAGAAUCAUCAUGCUCAACCUAUAACGAAUGUACCGUCCCCAAUGCAACAAAUGGAAGCAUGUUUGCAAUCAGCGGGAAGAGUGAAACGAUCCCGCAGCCCAACUUCAUCGAAGGCCUCCCUAACUCCGCACGUCACGAAUUCAUCGAUCUCUUCAUCGACCGCUGUCCAAUCCCGUAAUGAUAGCAACAAUAACAAUCAUAAUCACAGCGAUCAUCAUCCAAGCGAGAAUGGCGCAAAUUCGACGGAAGAAGCUAGCUCGAAGAGGCCUCUUCAUCCUGCUCUCGUUGGUGCUGGAGCUGCAUUAGAAGCGAAACCCCUUUGGGAAGAAUUUCAUCAAUUGGGAACGGAAAUGAUAGUCACUAAAGCUGGAAGAAGAAUGUUUCCUACUUUUCAGUGUCGAUUUUUCGGUUUGGACCCCACUACCGACUAUCUUCUAGUGAUGGAUUUCGUACCUUGCGAUGACAAGAGGUACAGAUACGCUUUUCACAGUAGCGCUUGGGUAGUUGCUGGUCGUGCGGAUCCAGUCUCACCACCCAGGAUUCACGUACAUCCUGACAGUCCUGCGAGCGGAGCUCAUUGGAUGAAGCAGCCAGUUUCCUUCGACAAACUGAAACUGACUAACAAUCAACUCGACGACAACGGACAUAUAAUCCUGAACUCGAUGCAUAGAUAUCAGCCACGAUGCCACGUAGUGGUUGCACCAUCGCCGCCGGGUUCCGCUCCCGAUCCUCGUACGGAGAAUUUCAAAACUUUCACCUUUCCGGAAACGCGAUUCACUGCUGUCACAGCUUAUCAAAAUCAUCGUAUCACGCAACUCAAAAUAGCUAGCAAUCCAUUUGCGAAAGGUUUUCGUGACUGUGAAUCGGAUGAGUGUGACUCUGUCGCAGUUUCAAGCAUGCAGAAUCCUGCGAAGAGACCUGCGACUGGAAGUGCCAGCGUUUUGACAUCCAACUACGUAAAUACGAUACCCACCGUGCAAAUUCCGAGCAUAUCGAACCAAGAACAUCAUCAAUUUUACGGUGCUACCGCAGCAGGACCUUGGACUUAUCCCGGACACCAUGGGCAACCAACUGCACACAUGAAUUCGGUCCACUAUCCUGCGCAUCCUCAUCAUCCCCAUACUGGACCCUCGUUGUAUGGACCACGGUAAUUCGGAUCUCUAUUUUUCUCGGGAAUUCAUGAAAGUUUCGGUGAAACUGUGAACAAUUGUGAUUGUGAUUCAAAGUAGAUUUUUAUACGACGAAUGCUUACCGCUAAAUUACUCGAUGGAAGUAUCCAUAAGGUGAAAAAGAUAAAAUUAUUUAAUUAAAACUAGAAUAGCCAAAGAUGAUGCUUUGGUUUUAAUCGAGUGCCAAAGUUUUAUCAUAAUACGUCGCGUGAUAGAAAAUAAGUAUUACGCGAAGUAUAAGCUUAACAAAUUAUGCCUUAAUAGAGAAAUAAUAACGAGAACCAUUUAUCAAAGUUAUACCAAAGAUAAUGUUGAUUAGAUUUAAAUAUAUAAUAUACAGUUACUUAAAUUAUACGUAGUGUACCUUUGUAGAUAAGAAGAUACAAAGAACAAUUGUAAAUUGAGUGUAAUGACACGAUCGAUAAUGGCAUACUUCUCGUGACGCAAGGUCCCUAAGUAAAUGAUUAUUAUUUUCAUGAACGUACUUGCUAUUUAUUUAAAAAUACUUAAUAUUUAAUGAUUCGUAUAUGUAAAAUACUAGGAUAUUUGUAAGAUUUAUCGAAGAUGCUUACAUUAAAAUGAUGAUUUACUAGAGGAUCUUGCAAAAGUACAAGAGAGAAAAUUUAAGUUCCAUCGGUGUUCACGAUGAUCAAAUCGCGUGAUACAAAUCGGUGGUGUCGUAGGUCCGUAGCGGACUGGUCGAGAAAGAAAGUGCCUUUUGUAGGAGCAAAGUGCAUCUAUUUAUACAGGGUGUCUGAAAUGCCAAACGAGCCUAAAACGCUCUCGAGCCAAGACGGGAAAGUAAACGCACCGUGACAAGCCAUGAGAGAGCUUGGCUACUAAGUGCCUUAAUAAAUUAUUCUCCAAG